ACUCGGCGGCGCGGUGACAGCGGCCACAGUCGCGGCGGCAGCGUGUCACUCGGUGCCUGACAGCGGCUGUUCUGACGCUUCCUGCGAGAAUCCCGUCGGCGACGGGGGUCUGUGUGCUGUGCGACUGCCAUGCCCUCUGACUUCAGCUCCCUUUUCAGCGGGGACCAAGACCUGAAUUCUCCCAGAUCCACGUGCUCUAAAGUUUAUGACCUUCCACCCAGAGACCUGCAGCUGCCGCCUUUCUCCACGCAGACAAACACCGAGGCUAUGAGUAAGACGGGCGGCGGAGAGGCCGGGCCCCCCCUUCCCCCUUCGGCUCCUCGUGCACCAGAUGCCAUGUCCUCCUCUAUGACCAUGGACGGCCCCCGCAGUGCUUUUCCCACCUCCUCCAGCUCGACCCUCCAUGCCAGUUCCUCACCGUGUGACCAGAACCCGGGUCAGAGAAGCAAUGUUGACCCAGAGGCCCCCCGGGGCAGCAGAGCCGUACCGGACGCUGCCGGAGGAGACGGUGGGAACGGUAGCGACGAGCCGGGAGACGGGAGAGGCGUCACAUCCCAGGAGGCCCCGCCCCAUCACCAGGUGACGCCAUCGAAGCGUCGCACCGUGCUCAACAUCUCUCCACCGCCACAAGACCUUUUUGAUGACGGCCACGUGUCCUGCCAGGAUGACACAACCCUGGACUCGGAGCAGAGUAACAGCAUCUGGAUGGACGACACCGUCUCCAACUUCAGCAUCAUGAGCACCGUCUCCUACAACGACAACACGGAGGUGCCGCGAAAGUCCCGCAAGCGCACGCCUCGCCAGCGGCCUGGUCCUAAAGCCGCGCGUGCAGAGGAAGCCAGCAUGGACAUGUUCGAUGCAGACAGCGCCAAGGGGCCACACUUUGUCCUGUCACAGCUCGGACCUGACAACAAGACCGGACCAAAAGGAAGCUCUGAGAAUCCUCAGACAAACAACCAGAAAGGUGGAACUCUGUCAAUGCAAUACCCGCAGAAGAGUGAGGGGAAGGAGCUGAAGAUCCUGGUCCAGCCGGAGACGCAGCACCGAGCUCGCUACCUGACGGAAGGCAGCCGGGGGUCGGUGAAGGACCGCGUCCAGCAGGGCUACCCCACCGUGAAGCUGGAGGGGGUGAACGAGCCGGCGCUCCUGCAGAUUUUUGUGGGGAACGACGCCGGGCGCGUGAAGCCUCACGGGUUCUACCAAGCCUGCAGAGUGACAGGCCGCAACACUACCGCCUGCAAGGAGGUGGUGAUCGACGGCACCACCGUCAUCGAGGUGUCGCUCGAACCGAGCAACAACAUGACGCUGGCGGUGGACUGCGUCGGGAUCUUGAAGCUACGCAAUGCGGAUGUGGAGGCCCGCAUUGGUCUGGUCGGCUCGAAGAAGAAGAGCACUCGCGCUCGCCUUGUGUUUCGUGUCAACAUUCCCUGUGCAGACGGAUCCGUGCUUACACUACAGACUCCCUCAUCUCCAAUCCUGUGUACCCAACCUGCAGGGUUGCCCGAAAUCCUGAAGAAGUCGCUGCACAGCUGUUCGGUGAGGGGCGGGGAGGACGUCUUCAUCAUCGGCAAGAACUUUCUUAAAGACGCUAAAGUCAUUUUUCAUGAAAAUGUUUCAGAUGAGAAUUCAUGGAAGGCCGAGGCUGAAAUUGACAUGGAGCUGUUUCACCAGAACCACCUAAUAGUGAAGGUUCCACCGUACCAGAACCAAGACAUCGCCUCUGGAGUCUGCGUUGGAAUCUAUGUGCUGACAAAUGCUGGAAAGUCUCAUGACGUUCAACCUUUCACCUACACGCCAGAUCCAGGACCCUCUACAGAUGGGAAGGCAAAGCAUGAUGUUAACGUGAAGAAAGAGACGCGCUCCCCAGUGAAGACUUGCUCAUUUGACAAACAAAUGAAAGUUUUGGAUGGAGCCCUGAUGCCUUUGGUGAAGAGAGAAGAAGUCACUCCGAUGGAGGUGACCAGCAACCUCCAGUCUUCUGGGCAGACUGAGGACCUGUGUCCAGCCCAGCAGAACACAGACUUAUCCAUAGGACAUCUAAACAAAAACAUAGCAUUCUCCAACAACCUCCCUCCGUCUGCAUCGGACCCUGACAAAGGCCAGUCCCCGGUGUUUCCCAACACCGAGCCUUUAAGCACCAUCCAGGAACAAGACAUUGUUGCCACCAGCUCAUUCCCUAUGCCUGCAGAUUCCCUGCUCCAGCAAGGUGCUCAGCAGUUCAUUCUAGAGCCCAGAGAAGGCCUUGGCCAGGAGCGGCCAGGCAGCAGCUCUGGAGCCGUAGGAAGGCUGUGUGGGGAAGGUGUGCACCAGCAACAGCAGCUGUCCCUGUUCCCUCCAGACGAAGUGGCUCAGCUGGAGGAGGCGGUGAGACAACUUAAAGCCAAAGGCUUCUGUAGCUUGCCGCUGCAGUCCGACGGCUCCAUGGCCAAGAAGCAGCAGCAACGCAUUCAGCAUCAGCAUCAGAUCCAGGGGCAUCAGAUCCAGCAGCAUCAGCAUCAGAUCCAGGAGCAUCAGCAUCAGAUGCAGGAGCAUCAGAUCCAGCAGCAUCAGCACCAGCAGCAACAGAUCCAGCUGCAGCAGCACCAGCAGCAGCACCAGCAGAUCCAGCAGCAGCAGCGGGUGCUGGAGAGCUUACAGCAGCAGCUGUUUCAGUCUCAGAUCCAGAUGCAGUGCAGCAUGUUUCAAGAUGCUGCUCAGGGCAAGAGCACAGAACAGCAGAGCUCUUCACAAGGCGUCGUGCCCAACCAGGGCUCUCUGUUCCAGCAGGCUCAACAGCAGCAGCAGCAGCAGCAGCAGCAGCAGCAGCAGCAGCAGCAACAAACGGCUCUCUUUCAGCAGGCGAGCGAUCUGCUUUCCAUUCAGACGGAAUACCUCCAGCAGACGCCCUCUCACCCUUCGCCGCCCAUGUUCCACAAUUCCAGCCCUUUGGGUGACGCGCCGGAUUCCCAGGUCCAGGCAGCUCUCUUCCAGAACACCAUGACCGUACUGCAGUCUCCGGAGCAGCAGCCUUCAACCCCCGGGCUUUUCCUUCCCCAGGCCUCGCUACCAACCCAGCUUACACCCAGCAGCUCACAGCACCAACAUCAGCAGCAGCAGCAGCAGCAGCAGCAGCAGCAGCAGCAGCAGCAGCAGCAGCUGGCCUUCCUCAGCGCGCUGCAGGCCCCUGCCCCGGAGCCGCAAUCAGUGUUUCAGCCCCAGACUCAGCUCUCCCCCAUCCAGCAGAGAGGCCCCAUGGAGCAGCAGCAAGCCGGCCAGCUCCAGUCCCACACACAGCCAUCCCAGCAGGCUUCCCUCUUUCAGAAUAUGUCCUCACAUUCGUCUGUAAACACUCUCUCCCAAGGCCAGCAGCAGCAGCAGCAGCAGCAGCAGGCUGGCCUACUGUUCUGCAGCUCCACACCGGACCAAGCCUCCGGCCUCAUGUUCAGCAGUCAGGCCCAAAUGCCUCCUCUGACCAGCAGCAGUCUAGUAGCUCAAGAGCCCCAAAACCCCUCUAUGCUCUUCUCCCAGGCCAGUAUGGUGCCGGCCAGCCAGCAGGAUCGCUCUGAGCCCAUGGCCCUGGGGAACCCCACGGAUCCACGGCAGCAGGUCAUGUUUCAGGAGCAGCAGCCCAUGCAGCUUGGCGGCAGCUCAAGCAGCCAGCAGGAGCAGCCCGUGGGCCUCUUCAUGCCUCAGUCCAACAUGGCCUCCCUGCAGGGGGGCCUGGCCCAAGAGCUGGCGCAGUCAGCGCUGUUUGCCACACAGAACGGCAUGGCGAGUCUCCAGACAACCACGUCUUCCCCCGUGCAGCAGCCAGGGGCUCUGUUUCAGACCGCCGUGAGUGGGAGCAUCAGUCAGGCCGGCCGGCCCCAGCAGCCGGGUCUGUUCCUCUUCGGGAUGCAGAACGAAUGUGGCCAGUUGAUGAACGCUCAAGGGAACACGCUGUCGGAUCAGAUCAUAGCCAUCAGCCAGUCUGGUCAGAACCAAAGGGAGAGCGACGCACACAUCCAGUCCCUGCUCAGCCAGUCCCUGUCCCAGUCUGGGUCCGUGCAGAACAACAUGGCCGCCUCUCAGAAGAUCGACGACCUGCUCGUCAGCCUGCAGGAGUCGGGCAGCAGCAUAACUCGUUCAUACUAACCUUCACACAAAUAGUACAUGCAGGUACACGUCUCACAGUCAUACCUUCCUGCCGUACUAGCACACCAUUAAUUCAGGAUAAACCCUGAAGACAAGUUAAACGUUUAAUAUCAUGUUGCUGGCCCUGCUUUGUCAGGCGGUUUGGCCAGGAAUGAUUGGAUCACUGAUUUUAAAAACACAAGAGGAAAAUGAGAUGGACUCCAGAUAAGAAUAAUGUGAUUAAUAAUGUCAUAGAAAAGAUAUACAUCACACGUAUUGAUGUGUUUUUGCUUUUAUCCUACUAGUGAGGUCACCUGCAGCAUCUUUGGGCUUUGUGCUGUUUUGUGGGGUGUUCUUCAGAGUGUACAGUGAUGUUCACGAUUCCCUUUAAUAUUUUUACAGGAGUUUCUAGUACAGCAGUGCACUUUGGACACUGCUGUACUAGAAACUGUGUAGUUAAAUGCAUUGAUGCCGCCGGUUGACACGAGUUUGAAGUUACUGUCACAUGACACAGCGCAUAUGUGCUGCAUAAAGGCUCGGAACAGAGAGGAGGCGGAGAAGUGAAGCAUAGAGGAUGUGGAGAUAUGAAUAACAAAUACUUCACUGUACAAGACUACGUCUGUACUAUAAUCAUAUGUAGGUGUAAAGGAUCUUAAAUAUACAUGUUGACACUUGUUUGAAUGUUUUAGCACCCAGCUUGCACACGUAAGGCCCUCUGGCAGCCUCGCAUUGACCACGAGGUACGUUUUGCUGAAGCAAAAAAUCAACCUGCGAUCGUCUACGGUGGCGCGGUGGAGUUGGCCACAUCCAGCUGUGAACCGAUUCUUCCUUCCGUGCAUUUAUUUAAUCCUGAAAACCAGCUCAGAAACCUGGACAAUCAUUCACACAGUAUGACGGUUGCGCACUUAACAUGCAUCUUCAGUAGCAAGAAUAGAAUAUGAUAUAGUGUGUUAUUAUUGUAAUUCUCACUAUAAAAGUUAUGAGUUUUUGGCAUAACGCAGGUUGUGUGUUCGUGUGUUGUUUUGCAGGAUCAUUGUGCGUCAGGCACGCAUCGAUUUAAUAGUGUUCUUUUGACCAGUCUUAUUUAUGGGAGGUGUCUAAUGAAUGUGUGUUGACUACAACUGUACAGUUCUACAUUACAUCUGAGUUAAUGCGUUGACGUUCAGGAUCAAAGCCUGUUUUAACCAUUCAAACCUGUACGAUUUCAGACAGACUGAACAUUCUUGCCUCUGUUUGCCAGUGUCCUCAGCACCAAAGUUGCAUGCAUCCUGCUGAGAGGCCAGUUUUAAAACUUUUAUCCUCUAGUUCGUCUUUUAGACAAGCAUGCAUAGAUUGUGUAGUUUGGUGUGAUGCAUUGACACGUGUCUUUCUGUUUGUUGUGUUUUGGGGAGAAGCGGACGCGUGAACAAGGGGCUGGUCUCUUAGCUCGGGUUUUUUUGCCUCAGUUGUUGUCUUGUUUUCUAUGUUAGAAAUACGCCGUUAACAUUUUACAUCCUGUCAAAUCUGAAACGUUUGGUGUUUGAUCACACAGACUACAGUAAUGUAAACUUGACUAAUGUGACCUGAGUGUUUUUAAAGGGACCCACUCCUGAAGGAAACUUACUUUGGAGAGAACAGCUGUCUGUGAUUGGCUUUCUUCAGCUUGUGAAAUUGAAAAACUAAGAUUUUCUUUGUUGUAAUUUGUUAUAGAAAGUUUAGAAAGAGUGUUUUUGUAUUGGUGCGGUGUCUCUAUUACUUAUGAGAGAAACACACCUGAAUUAUGUGUCUUUGUUACUAUCUGAAGUGUUUUGCCUGUCAGUUGUGUUUUGGACCCCAUGUCUCUGAAUACUUUAACUGGCACCUUGUGACAAUAACUGCUUUGUACUCUCAACAUAACAUCAACAUUCCUAUGCAAACUUAUAAUAGCAGGGCGAAAUCUAUUUUUAAUGCGUAAAAAUACUUCAAAUUAUUUUGAUUGUUAAUACUUACAGCACCAAAUGCCUCAAGACCCCUUGUGUUUAUUUUUGAACAUACUGGGAGGUAAUUAUUCUUUUCUCGUUUGUGUUUUCAUAGUGUAACUGCAGAUUAGAGGCUGAUCUGACUAGUUGUGCAGAAAAGGGGGAAAUGUUCUAUUUUCUGUCUAAAUGCUGCAGUUUCUUGCAUCUUUACACACUACCAGGUAUUUUAAUAUCAACGCAUCGUGCUGUUUGCCAUCACACCUGUAAACGUUUUGUUCAAAUGUCACUUUAAACACCAGCAAAUACUGUUCAUGUACCUCGAGGGGAUGUUGAUGCCUUACCAUUAUUAACUGUUUAACACCUCAUCAAGUAGAAUGUUCCAAGCCAUAAGACUUUACGUGUGCUUUAAGUGCUCAACAAUGACCAGAUAAAGGUGUUGUGCAAUUUCUGUCACGUGUCUGACCUGAAGUAUCUAUUGCAUUUAUGUUAUAAAACAUAGAUGUAGUUUUUUCUGAAACUGCUAUGCAGCUAAUAUACUGUAAAUGUAGAUCUGUUUUUGAAUAUAUAUUUUUCUAUAUAGGCUCUUCCAUUUUCCACAUAAAGGUUCAGCCUAAUAUUUAUGUUUUUUGCGUGCAACCUGAAACCAACGGCAUUAAAUCUUUUACAUAGUUGAAAAGCAAAUCUAUCUUGCCAGGGAGCAUCUCAGUUGUUCCUUUAGACCGGCGUCUCUGAUUGUGUAUCAGCUUUCUUCUCCUCCUAGACUUUCUUGUUCUGUGGCUCUAAUUCUAAUUUCUCACAGUUAUUCCAACACAGUUGAUUUGCUUAUGUACUUUAUUAACUCUUUAUUUGUUUUUGUUCCUGAAAAAUGCAAGGACAGGAUUUGCCUUUUUGUUUCUUACCAACACUUAAAAACUUUCAAAUACUCACCUGUGGGAGGGAAAAAAAAACUAAACUAAAAUCUCUAUUUGGCUUGUGUUGGGACAUUUCUAUUCUCUUGCAAAUACAUUUCUGUAAAAAUUGCUGCUAUCUAUAUUAAACAUAUAUGCUUCAAA